UGUUAAACAUUAGAGUUGGUGAGUGGACGAAUGUCUAUGGCAGAAUCCGAACUGUGACUGAAGGUACUGAUUCUACGUAACCGCUCAAUUGGCUAUAAUACUGAUUCGUCGUUCGUUUCAAUUCGUUGCUGCUUUCUUUUAUGUCAUGCUCUAUCCUCUUAUCAGCGCUUGUCAGCUUUAAUUAAUUGAUUCUUAUUAGUAGCGACUGCGACGCAUAGAAAGCAACACACCACUAAGAUGCAGCUAAAGCUAAUUUGGUUUCAGCUACUGUUUGCAAACGCAUUUGCCGUCCACUACCAGUGCCUUCCGUAUCCAAUGGCUUCAGUGUGCAUUGUUGAGUACAUAUCGUACCGUCCUGGCGAUGUGAUCACGUUUCCCACAGGCUACCAGCAGUAUCAAGUUAAAGAAUCACGCUCCAAGAGAGAGACGGUAUCACGAGUGACCGCUUUCGAUGAAGUGCUCUAUAAAGCAAUGCAUCAACCAUCGAUUAUUGAGAUGGCCAGCGUUCAUAUGGAAAAACUGGUAUUGCCACCAACGUUGCUGCUAGGAGAUUUUGCCUACAACGACAUACACUCCGUAAAUGUAUCACACGCACAGACCUACCAAGUCUCCUCUCUCGAUUUCCGAGAUAGCAAGUUGACCAAUAUCGACUUUGUGGCCAGUCUUGUGAACCUGGAAAUGCUACACUUGGAGAGAAACAAAAUCCGCACUAUUCCCGGUUCUAUUCUGCGUCUGCUUACGAAGCUCAAGCAUCUGUACCUCCAGGGCAACUCUUUCGAAACGAUCCCAUGGACCGAUUUGCCUUGUGGACUGAUCCAUUUGGAUAGCUUUUGGAGUUCGGUCAAAUCGGUUGACUUCAGCAACGUCAGUCUUCCUUCGUUGGAAUAUUUGAACAUUCGGGACAACCAGUUAACGGCGAUCAACGUAACUGCCCUGCUACUGGCUGCCCCAAAACUCAAGGAAGUCUAUUUGUACAAUAGGCAAAUCGAUGAGUUCCGAAUGGAUGCGAUAAAAGCCGAGUUAACAUCGAACAACAUUAGCUAUGUGGAGAAUUAUGUGUACCCAGAGUGCUUUCACGAUGAUAACCACGAAUAUGUGAAUGGAAAGUGUGUCAAGCUAAAAGAUCUUCCGGUUAGCACCGGUAAGUCAUUGCUGCUCUCUUUCUUGGUCAUCGGAGUGGCCUCGAUAUGUGUGUACUUCGGGCUGGUGGUCUUUAGGCACAUGAAUCAAUGAUCAUAAUUUCGUAAUUAAUAUGAAUUUUGCGAAUGAAAAAUGUUUAAAUAAAAAUCUAUAAAUUUUACUAGAACGGAAAUUGAAAACGCAACUGAAACAUAAAAUUUGCUCUUUAAUCUAUGAAAUCAGUUGUUCCAAAGUUCGUCCCUCGUCUGUAGAGCCUUUUAACCCGUAUAGGCCUGAGUGAAAGCAAAAAUACUAAAGCUCUCUCCGC